AUGCGCCCGCGCCGCGCGGUCCGCCGUCCGGCCGGCGCGGGCGGCGAGGGCGGCGAGGGCGGCGCGGCGUGGCGGGCAUUGUUGCGACGCGAUUAUCGAUGGCCCGCCAAACUGCUCGCUGAUAUAUUGCUAAUCAAGUUGGAAAGCAAACCAAUAAGCGCAACUUCAAUUUAUGACGAAUUAGAAUCGGAAUGCGCAGGCGCAUGUGUGUUCGGCGAAGUUAUGAUA